GCAUACGUUUGAUGAAACCUGGCGACCGCGCAGGAGCCGUGACAGCUGCGCUCACUGGAUGUGGAUGUGGGACAGGGACACGGACGGACUCUCGGACAGAGAUGGAGGAUCGUAAAAACACAGUCCUCUAACACAGUCCGCUUCAACUCCUAACACUUUUCGCUCUCACGUCCUGUUGUUACUGGCUCUGUCAGGUGUGCGGUAUUCGUUAUUUUUAAGAAUGGGUGCGCUGCAGUCUCAAUCUGAUCAUCAUGAAUACGUUGAUCUGGCACAAAAGACUGGAUUUUCCUUUGAACAGAUCGGAGUCUUACAUAAAAGAUUCAAGCAGCUGAGCCACGAUGAAGAAACUCUGCGGAGAGAUCACUUCAAUGAAAUCCCAGAUCUUGCAUGCAAUCCCAUCCGUGCACAGAUAAUAGGGGCCUUCUUUGACAGGAGAAACUAUCGUCAGAAUAGCGAGGGGACGGUUGAGGAGAUAGACUUUGAGAAUUUCCUGGUGGUCAUGUCCCAUUUCAGGCCCCCGUCUCUGCACCUGACAGAGGAGCAACGUGACAACGUCAGGAGGGAGAAACUGAGAUUUUUAUUCAACAUGCACGACACAGACAACGAUGGGACAAUAACCCUGGAGGAAUACAGACAUGUGGUUGAGGAGCUGUUAUCCCGUAGCGGUGCUUUGGGAAAGGAAACAGCCAAAAGCAUUGCGGAUGCAGCCAUGUUGGAGGUGGCCAGUAUUUCAAUGGGCCACAUGGAACCUGACGAAUUCUAUGAAGGAAUUACAUUUGAGCAUUUCUUUAAGUUGCUGAAAGGCUUUGAAAUUGAAUCCAAAAUGAACAUUCACUUUUGGAACAUGGACACGUCAACUCUGUGUAAGUGAGGUCGGUGCAUGACAUCACACUAUUCCUUGAAUAAGGAAAGGUGUAAGAACAGCAACCGCUGCUUUUUUUUCCUUCACCAACUUUCUAUGCAGAUCCAAAGAACAUAUAUUUUGUUUUUGUGUAUGUAUAAUAGUCUAUUUCUGCAAUAAUAUGACACCAUAAGUGAUAUAAUAACCAGCCAGCUAGUCGUCGGACACAGCAAUAAUCAAAUAUCGACGUCCAAAGUAACAGACAGUGUGUCUAUAUAUAUAUAUAUAUGCAAUUAUGGAUGCUAGAUGAACUUUUACAAAUGUAAUUGUCAUAAACGAACAACUAUAUUAAUCAGGGAUAAUGAGAGUUUGUAUUGAAAUGUAUCCACGAAGUGUAAUCAUCUAAAAUGCCUUCACUUUGACACUGUGCAGCAGAUAUGACAUGGUUCCUGAUCUGCACGUUACAUUUGCACAAUAAAAGCCUGAAACAGGUCGGACUUUA